UGGGCGGGUGGUGAGUGUGGCGCCUGCGCGGUGGCGGCGCGGAGCUGCGCGUGCCCUCUGCCGCAGCAGGAGCGGGAGCCAUGGGGCUGGGGCAGAACUCUGCUGUGCGGGGUGAAUGGAUUGCUGCAGUCUCCUUAGCUGCUGGAGCAGCUGCUGUUGGGUAUCUAGCUUACAAAAAAUUCCUCUCUAAAGACAAGUGCUGCAAAGCAAUGGUGAAUCCCCACAUCCAGAAGGAUAAUCCCAAGGUAGUCCAUGCAUUUGAUAUGGAAGAUCUGGGAGACAAGGCUGUGUACUGUCGUUGUUGGAGAUCUAAGAAGUUCCCACUGUGUGAUGGGUCUCACACAAAGCACAACGAGGAAACCGGCGACAAUGUUGGGCCUCUGAUCAUCAAGAGGAAGGAGGCGUAGAGCGGACAGUAGAAGCUGCAAAAUGAAUGUCUGACAGAUCCUCUGCUCACUUGUAAUUGGAGGGGGAAAACCACAAAUUCUUUGUCAUGUCACUGAAGACUUUCCAGUGUAGUAUCUAUACAACAGGCUUCAGCAUGUGUAUUCUCUCUGGUGCUUGUCUUGUUUUAAUCACUACAAUGCAUAAUUUACGAAGCAGUCCUGGUUUGAAUUUUCUGUCCUGUAAAGUGUGUGUACUCUCUCCUGGAGUAUGAAACUGAACUGACACUCAGAAUGUACUUCAGCAGAAAAUAGGUAUUAAAUUAUUUUCAAAUACAUGUGUACUACUCUGAGGCUAUUCAGUAGAAUGUGUGCUCAAAAGGUAGAUCCUAAAAUGCUGGAGAGGUUCUGAAGUUACAGGUCUGGACAGGUUUCUAUGUAAAAGGUAGCAGCAUGAAAGAAAUCAUGGUGCCAAAAUGUGGCUUAACCUGCGAUGAUGCUACAUGUUCUGUGGGUGCCAUGUGGGGCCUGUAACACUACUGUCUGCCUUCUGUAAAAGAACAAAUUCAAAGCUGCUAUGAACAGACAACAUCAAAGGCUUACAGCAAGAUGGGGCUAAAGAGCAACUUUACCUUUGAUUUCACAGUGGUGUUGAAACUCGACCCUACCACCAUAUGCUAUCAGGAACACACUACCAGACCACAGACUUGUAUUUAGAGUAGGAUUAGGAAGAUGGUCUCUGUGAGAGCUUUCUUAAUAGUCAAGUGAAUGAUAGGAAGUGCUCAAAGCGUGAUGGGCAGGAGGUGGCAGGGUUCUCUUUGCUCCUAAAAAGCCUUAGUGUCCCUUGCAGUCUCUAGCAAUGAAGUUGACUUCCCCAGGCUGCAGGACACUGCUGUGGAAGAGGCAAUGCCAACUGAUUCCAGUAGCUAAAAUAAACCCUAAACCCCACCCAUCAUUGCUGCCUGCUUCAUCAUUGCUCUGGCCGGUUCCGGAGGACUCUUCCCGCUGUGGAGGGAGGAGGCACACCUUCCUUACUAAGUGGCCUUAGGCUCUAUGUGUCUUAAAUAACUCCUGCCUCCCUGGGCUAACUGCUAGGGUGGUUCAGCUAAUUUUACCAAAAGAAAUUAUGUGGACAAGGAAAGGCUUUGGUGACAGCUAGAAACAAGGGGGAAGGGAAGGAGGAGGCAAGGACAGCUCUUACCCUUCCUUCCUACGGCACUUUGACACAGUUGUAUUCCUGGCUGUUGUGUUGGUUUCCUUAAAUUAAGUAGCUUUGACUUUUUGACAUAGAAAUGACUACAAAGCAAAACCCAAACAGUAGGGUGGCAGAGGGCAGUUUGGGAUACCCAGCCUUAGCACAGUUGCUGCCUGUGAGCUCUGUGUCCUAGCCCAGAGAGUGCUUCCAAGUUAGGAGAAAGGCCUUUUCAAGAAGCUGACAUUUUAACCUGGAUCCUUAAGGAUUCUUCC